GCCGCCUUGGCGUGAGGGUGGAGGCCUGCAAGUCCUGUCCCGCCUUCCGUCCUCCGGUGAGGCUCGUGGUGAGCGCUCGCGGCUGUGGAGACCGCUUUUGAGGUGGCGUUAUGGAGGGCGAGAGCACGUUGGGGGUACUGUCUGGUUUCGUGCUCGGAGCGCUCACCUUCCAGCACCUCAACACAGACUCAGACACGGAAGGUUUUCUCCUUGGUGAAAUGAAAGGUGAAGCCAAGAAUAGCAUUACUGAUUCACAAAUGGAUAAUGUUAAAGUUGUCUAUACAAUUGAUAUUCAGAAAUAUAUUCCAUGUUACCGGCUUUUUAGCUUUUAUAAUUCUUCAGGUGAAGUAAAUGAACAAGCACUGAAGAAAAUACUUUCAAAUGUCAAAAAGACUGUGGUAGGUUGGUACAAAUUCCGUCGUCAUUCAGAUCAGAUAAUGACAUUUAGAGAACGACUGCUUCACAAAAAUUUACAGAAGCAUUUUUCAAGCCAAGAACUUGUUUUUCUGCUGUUAACACCAAGUAUAACAACAGAAAGCUGCUCCACUCAUUGCCUGGAACAUGCCUUGUAUAAACCACAAAAAGGACUUUUUUAUAGGGUACCUUUGGUGGUUACUAAUCUUGGCAUGUCUGAACAACUGGGUUAUAAAACAGAAUCAGUUUCCUGCACAUCCACUGGCUUUAGCAGAGCAGUAACAACACACAGCUCUGAAUUUUUUAAUGAAGAUGGCUCUUUAAAGGAGGUGCAUAAAAUAAAUGAAAUGUAUACUUCUAUACAAGAAGAAUUAAAGAGAGUAUGCCAAAAAGUUGAACAAAGUGAGCGAGAAGUAGAGAAACUAAUAAUGGAUGUAAACAGAUUAAAAGAAGCUAGAAAAAAGCAACAAGCACAGAUUAAAGCAGAACGAGAGAAGAGUGUCCACGACAACCCUGAAGAAAACAUUUUUCUUUGUCAGGCUUUACGAACCUUUUUUCCUGAUUCUGAAGUUCUUCAUUCUUGUGUUAUUUCUUUGAAAAAUAGGCUUAUUUCUCAAAGUAGAUGUAACACCAACCACCACCUUGAUAUGGCAGACAACCUGACUUUAAUGGUAGAGUACAUUUACACUCCUGAAGCGAGUCCAGCUUCUGCACCACGGAUGAUUAAACGUAAAUCUCUAGACAUACAUGAUCAAUGGCACAUGAAGAAAGCACGGUUGUUAGAGACAGAAAACCAACAGUCUGUGACAGAUGUCUCCAACAGUAAUCAAGAAAAAGCUUCCACAACAAACAGCCCAGAUACAGAUACAGAGAUUGAGAGCACAGAUGAUGCAUGGAAAGAAGCAUAAAGUUUGUAAACUUGUGCCAGCAAGAUGGCUCAGCAAGUAAAGAUACCUGCUACCAAUUCUGAGGACCUUGGUUGGAUCCCUGGGAGCCAUGCUGUGGAAAGUGAGAACUGACUCCUACAAGUUGUCCUGACUUCCACAUGUACACCAUGGAUGCAUGUACCACUCCCAUACCACAGACAAUAAACAUCAUAAAUACUUAAAAGUUUGUAAAAUUUUACUUUUACAAU